AUGGCGCGAAGCUCGCGGACCGCCAGCAAGCGGUCGACAUGGUCGAUCGCUUUCUACCUCCUCCUCGUCCUUGUCGGCGGUUUGAUGCUGGCCAAAACAGCACACGCUGACGAGCAGGAGCCCAUCAAGGGAGACAGCAAUGCUGUCACCGGCCCCGUCAUUGGUAUCGAUUUGGGAACGACCUACUCCUGUGUGGGUAUCAUGAAGAACGGAAAAGUUGAAAUCAUGGUCAACGACCAAGGUAACCGUAUUACUCCUUCCUGGGUAGCAUUCACGGACGAAGAGCGUCUUGUUGGAGACGCCGCAAAGAACCAGUUCGCCAGCAACCCCCACCGGACCAUUUUCGAUAUUAAACGUCUUAUCGGCCUCAAGUUCAAGGACAAGUCCGUCCAGAACGAUCUCAAGCACUUCCCCUUCAAGGUCGUCAACAAGAAUGGCCAGCCCCACGUCAGCGUCGAGGUACACAAGGAGGAGACCACCUUCACACCUGAGGAAAUUUCGGCCAUGGUUCUUGGCAAGAUGAAGGAGGUCGCUGAGAGCUAUCUCGGCGAGCCGGUCAAGAACGCUGUUGUUACCGUUCCCGCCUACUUCAACGACGCUCAGCGCGCUGCCACCAAGGACGCCGGAACCAUCGCCGGUCUGAACGUUCUCCGUGUUGUAAACGAACCUACCGCAGCCGCUCUGGCCUACGGCCUCGACAAGACGGACCAGAAAGAACGCCAGGUUCUUGUCUACGAUCUCGGUGGUGGUACCUUUGAUGUCUCCAUCCUCACCAUCGAGGAGGGCGUUUUCGAGGUCCAAUCUACUGCCGGUGAUACUCACCUCGGCGGUGAAGAUUUCGACAAUCGUAUUAUCAACCACUUCACUAAGAAGUACAACAAGGACAAUGGCGUCGACAUCACAAAGGAUGCUAAGACCAUGGGUAAGCUGAAGCGCGAGGUGGAGAAGGCCAAGCGCACUCUCUCGUCCCAGAAGACCACCAAGAUCGAGAUUGAGUCUUUCCACAAGGGCAAGGAUUUCUCCGAGACUCUGACCCGCGCCAAGUUUGAGGAGCUCAACAACGACCUUUUCAAGAAGACGCUCAAGCCUGUUGAGCAGGUUCUCAAGGACGCCAAGCUGAAGAAGAGCGACAUCGAUGACAUUGUUCUCGUCGGUGGUUCCACUCGUAUCCCCAAGGUUCAAGCCAUGCUCGAGGAGUUCUUCGGAAAGAAGGCCCGCAAGGACGUCAACCCCGAUGAGGCUGUCGCUUUCGGCGCUGCUGUUCAGGGUGGUGUCCUCGCUGGUGAUGCCGCUACGGAUUCCAUCAUUCUCAUGGAUGUCAACCCGUUGACUCUCGGUAUCGAGACCACUGGUGGCGUCAUGACCCACCUCAUCAAGCGUGGUACCACUAUCCCUACCAAGAAGAGCCAGAUCUUCUCGACCGCUGCGGACAACCAGCCCGUGGUCCUGAUCCAGGUCUUCGAGGGUGAACGCUCCAUGACCAAGGACAACAACCAGCUCGGAAAGUUCGAGCUCACCAACAUCCCCCCUGCGCCCCGUGGUGUCCCCCAGAUUGAGGUCACUUUCGAGCUCGAUGCCAACGGUAUCCUCAAGGUCUCCGCUGUCGACAAGGGCACUGGAAAGGCUGAGAGCAUCACCAUCACCAACGACAAGGGCCGCCUCAGCACCGAAGACAUUGAGCGCAUGGUUGAGGAGGCUGAGAAGUACGCCGAGGAAGACAAGGCUACCCGUGAGCGCAUUGAGUCCCGCAACAAGCUCGAGAACUACGCCUACAGCCUCAAGAACCAGGUCAACGACAAAGAGGGUCUCGGUGGCAAGAUUGAGGACGACGACAAGGAGUCCCUCCUUGAGGCCGUCAAGGAGACUCAGGACUGGCUCGACUCCAACGCCGCUGAGGCUGCCGCCGAGGACUUUGACGAGCAGUUCCAGAAGUUGUCUGAUGUCGCCUACCCCAUCACUUCCAAGCUUUACGGCUCGGCUGGUGGCGCUGGUGGUGACGAUGAGCCUGACCACGACGAGUUGUAG